GUCUCAAAGAGAAAAUUGGUUGAUUGUAACCAGACCUUGAUAACGGCAAUAGCAGUCGAUAAUUUACGAUUUGAGCGUGAAGUCACGUAAGGUUCAAAGAUGACUCUCAGCCAAGAACAAGUUAAACAGUUUUGGGACAAUGGGUAUUUGGUCCUCCCUGAUUUUGCCGAUGAGGAAACUGUAGAGGGACUGAAGAAAGAAUGUCACAGACUUGUCGAGGAGAUGGACCCAGCUGAACACAACACUGUUUUCACAACAUUGGAAAUGAAAAGGACAAGUGAUGACUACUUUAUGACCAGUGGAGACAAAAUCAGAUACUUCUUUGAAGAUGGUGCAAAAGAUGAAAAAGGGAAUCUGAAGGUUAACAAACAUUUGUCCAUCAACAAGAUAGGACAUGCUCUCCAUGUGUUGAGUGAGCCUUUUAAGAAGUUUACAUUCUGUGAUAAAGUUAAGGGCAUUGCCAAAAGCCUGGAGAUGCAGGAUCCUGUUGUGUGUCAGAGCAUGUACAUAUUUAAGCAACCAGGAAUUGGAGGAGAGGUGAUCCCUCACCAAGACUCAUCAUUCCUCCACACCGACCCCAUGAAGCUUGUUGGCUUCUGGAUCGCUCUAGAAGAUGCUACCCUGGAGAAUGGCUGUCUGUGGUUCAUACCCGGCUCUCAUAAAGAGGGCAUUCACUGUGGAAGACGUAUGUUGAGAAAUCCUAACAAGGGUGAGGGAGAGUCAGGCACAAUAUUUCAGGGAGAGAUGCCAAAAUACAACGACAAGGACUUUAUUCCUGGACCAGUGAAGAAGGGUACGAUGGUUUUAAUCCAUGGCGAGGUGGCACACAAGAGUGAGAAAAACACGUCGCAAAACUCUCGUCACAUUUACACCUUCCACUGCUUCGACCAGAAGGGCGUAAACUAUAGCCCGCAAAACUGGCUACAGCCAACUCAAGAAAUGCCGUUCCCUCACUUAUAUUCGUGAUUGGGACAAAACAUUAAGAUACUUGUUUAUUUUAAACAGAGAAAUAUAUUUAAGAUUUUUAUCUUGAUAAGAUUUUUGUACAUGUAUGUUAGGCCACACCAAAUUAUUAAAAAAGUAGAACCAACACGUUUUGGCCAAAAGAAUUUGAGUGUCCAGCGAAAUAAAGGUCAAAUAUUAUAUUUCCAUUUAGUUUAAAUGCAGGAGCAGAUAAUAGUUUGACCUAUACUAUCAAUAAAAAGAAUGAAAAAAUGAACAAUUACAACUAUAUUAUCUGCGGUAUUCUACGCUUUAAUUUUGAUCAGCCCCCUGCAAUGUUAUUAUGUAAUCAGUGUAUGACUGUAUGCAGUUUUUCUUAGUAAAAAUGCCAAAAACAUAUAACAGCAUUUUUUAGCCUUAUUUGAGGCAACAUUGAUUUACAAGAAUGUGUUUUACGGCAUCAUAGUGUGUUAAAAUGAUGAUAAUUCAGAUUGAAAAUAAAUAAUUGGUGACAGUGUCAAGUAUUGAAAAUAAAUAAUUGGUGAGUGUCCAGUAUACUGGACAAUCAAAAUAAAUUUCAUGUGGCCUUAUUACAUGUAUAUGUCCAUAAUUUUGCAUGUUUAGCAGAUAAUCUAUCUAUAAGUAGAAAUCCAUUGCUGCAAUGAUUCUCAAUUUUUAUGUCCAUUUAUUAGAUGAUAUCCAUAUGAUUAACUGUGUUGUGUAAACAGAGCAAAAAACAGCGCUACAAGAAAUGGAUGUGUUAGAGUUGCCUUCAUAGUAUGAAAUAUCAUAAAAAUGUAUGUGUUCAUGAGUUGCCUUCUUAAUAUGAAAUGUCAUUUCCAGAAUUAAAAGGUGCUAGCUCAAAAUUACUGCAAGUAAAUAUUCGGCAAAUAACUCGGCAAUAUUAAGUAUGCUGUGUAUUCACUAUGAAAUCAAAUUUUCAAAAUCCAUGUUGUGAAAUAUAGUUGUGUUUAUAUGAAUGCUUAUUUUUAUAGUUGUGUUCAUCCUGUGUUCAUUUCAGAAAUCUGAAACUAGUCUGGGAGCAACAUUUAUAAAAUCUUGUUAAAACAUUUUUACAAUUAACAUUGUUCAUAUAUGAUAUUUCCAAAAUGAUUCUGAAACAAAUGUUUGAUUGUAUUGGCUUUUGAGUUGAGCCCAAGUAAUUCAUAUGCUUAUAUUUUUUCCAUGGAGUUUGUUAAACCAAUAUUCAGGAAUAAAGAGUUGAUAAAUUG